AUGGAACGUUUGUUAUCUGAGCUAACCGCAGAGUCCGGUAUAGAAUUCCCUGGAUUUUUACGUAUGUCGACAUCUGACUUUGAAAUACUACUACAAAAGCUCGCACCACUAAUCACCAAAAAGAUACAAAAUUCAGAAAAGCAAUUCCUGCAAAAGUGCGAUUGGCAAUAACACUACGUUAUCUGGCGACAGGAGAUGAUUUUCGAAGCCUUCAUUAUCUUUUCAAAAUAUCUCAUCAACUCAUUUCCAAAAUAGUACAUGAAGUGUGUGCAAGUAUUUUGAUCGUUUUGAAAGACGAAGUUAUGGUAAGAAAAAUACAAUAUUUUACUCAUAGUUCAGUUUAUUUCACUAAGUGCCUAUAGUCUAAGCAACAUGUACCUUUAUGGAGUUUUUCUUUUCGAUUAUUAAUAACAAAAUAAACAUUUUUCUAUUCUCAUUCCUAUUAAAAAAAAGGUAUACCAUCCAUAAAAAAACUACAAAACUACUACAUUUUCAUAUGAAUACUAUAUCACCAGUCUCCGAUAUAACGAAUUGUGAUGUUUUCUGAGAUGGCAUGGUUUGGUUCUGCGAUGGCGAUGGAUGGAUCGGAGACUGAUGCCUUCAAACGAAGAAGAAUGGCUACAAAAAGAAACUGAGUUCCAUGAUAUCUUUCCACAUUGUAUUGGAAGCAUUGAUGGAAAACACGUGCAAAUUUUAUCACCCAUUCACAGUGGAACUGAAUUUUAUAAUUAUAAACAUACAUUUAGCAUUGUCCUCAUGGCUUUGGUAGAUAAGAAAUAUCGGUUUCUGUAUGCAGAUGUUGGUUGCCAAGGGCGAAUUAGUGAUGGUGGAGUGUUUAGAAAUACCGCAUUAUUCGAAAGAUUAGAAAGAAAUGCUCUAAAGAUACCAGCUCCUUCGGUGCUUCCCGGUACUGAUUUCAUCAUGCCGUUUGUAUUUGUAGCGGACAACGCGUUCCCGUUACAAACACACAUCAUGAAGCCAUACCCUGGAGAUCAUCCAGAAGGCAGUAUUAAAAGAAAAUUUAACACGCAACUGUCAAAAGCCCGUAUAGUUGUAGAAAAUGUGUUUGGAAUUAUGUCUGCGGUAUUCCGCGUACUUAGGAAGCCGAUGGCACUCCAACCAGAUCGCGCCUCUAAUGUUAUAAUGUCUUGUAUAUUAUUACACAACUUCUUAAGAAACAGUUCAUCUUCAAAUAAUAUAUAUAUACCACCAGGUUUUGCGGACACUAUUACAAAUGGACAAGUAGUUCCAGGUACAUGGAGAAAUGAGCAACAAGAAGAAACUGCGUUGCGCCCUUUUCCAGCGGUAGCUAGACGGAGCGAUCUUUUACCUACACAGAUCAGGGACCAGUUCGCUCAAUAUUUUCAGUCAAUAAAAAUAGUCUAAGCAACAAAAAAAGCAAAACUCCCAUUUUGUUUGUUUUUACAUUGUUUAUAACUUUUGCACUUUUUAUCAGUGCCUUUUCGAAUUUUUUCUUAAACUUUCUACAUAUUUUUCCGAAUCAAAUGACACCUUCAUCGUAAUUUUCGGAGACUAUACUCGGAUUUCACCCAAAAAGCUACAUGUUGCUUAGACUAAAAGUAUGUUUUUAUUUUUGUGAAGUCACACUGUGGAAUGUGAAUAAAUAUAAGAUAUAAUAAAUAGGCGUGUUUCAUUAUUUACCUGUGUAUCGAUAGUCCGGCGACAAUCAUAUAUUGGCUGAAGAAAACUGUUCAUAGCCGAAAAGGCGAACCAAUUUGUUUGAUAUAUGUCGUCGGUGCCAGCGCCUGACCUCAUUGAUUUCUUUAUUUUAUUGAGAUGAGCUCUGUAGUACGACAUCAAAGAAUCUUUUUUCCUCUUCAUUUCUUCUAUUGUGGUAGGCCAACUGAGCCUAUUUUGAAUUCUCGUCCACGCAUCAUGUACCAAAUGCUUCUUUUUGUGGUCUGGGUUACUAGGAUUCCAUAUAAUAUUUUCUGUUUCAUAAAACUGAAUGAACUCCAACACUUUUUCGUUAUUCCACUCC